AACUGGGUUCCUCUUUUCUUUACGAAAAUUUGCAAAAUCAAAUGCUCGGCCUCCUUUCAAAGCCGAACCACCACUUGUCUCUCUCUCUCUCAAACCUUUCCGUCCCAGUUUCAUUGGCCCCGCUAUUUCUAGGUUAUUUGAUCCAAUCCCCCAUUUCCCCAAUUUACACUCUUCCAAUUCAAUUCCACACUACUUUCUUGUUUUUCUUGUUGCUUUUUUAGUUUCGAGAUACACAUUUUGAUCGUGGGGGCUUUUGUUUUGUGUUGUUUUGUUUUGUUUUCUGGUUCUGGUGGGAUUCUUCGAUUUGGGGAGUUGGUGAUUGAUUGGAUUCGAUUCGAUUCGAUUGAAUUUCGUUGAUGUCGUCGAUGGCGGCGGCGUCGUCCUACUGGUGUUAUCGAUGCAGUCGAUUUGUUAGGGCUUCGAAUCAGGAAUCUGUUGUGUGCCCCGAUUGUAAUAGUGGGUUCGUUGAACAAAUUGAUCAUCCAUUGAGCUUGCGGAACAUGGAAACGGCGCCGCGGAGGAGGUUUCCAGCGUCGGCGAUGUAUAUGAUUGGUCAUCGGUCGAAUUCGAGGCAGAAUUUGGGAUCUGCGAUUCGGAGACCUCGAAGGAAUGGAGGGGAUCGAUCGCCGUUUAAUCCUGUCAUAGUUCUUCGUGGGCCGCCUGAUGGGAGUGAAGGUGGAGAAAGUCGUCGGUUCGAGCUUUAUUACGAUGAUGGUACUGGUUCUGGCCUGAGACCUCUGCCUCCGAGUAUGUCGGAGUUUUUGUUAGGGUCAGGGUUUGAUAGGCUUCUGGAGCAACUUUCUCAUAUUGAAAUGAACAGCAUUGGGCAAUUUGAAACCCCUCCAGCGUCCAAAUCUGCGAUUGAGUCAAUGCCCACUAUUCGAAUCUGUGAAAAUCAUUUGGAAACUGAGUCGCACUGUGCUGUUUGUAAAGAGGCAUUCGAAUUGGGAAACGAAGCACGGGAGAUGCCCUGCACGCAUAUCUACCAUUCUGAUUGCAUUCUACCUUGGCUUUCAAUUCGAAAUUCCUGUCCGGUAUGUCGCCACGAACUGCCUUCGGAUAACCAAGACUCAUUGGAUGCUGCUGAAAUUGGCGUGAAUGGGGGUUCGAUGACCUCGAAUGUGGAUGAGAAUGGGGGGUUAACCAUAUGGAGGCUCCCAGGUGGGGGGUUUGCAGUAGGGCGGUUCCAUGGAGGGAGGAGAGGUGGGGAGAGAGAGCUCCCUGUUGUGUACACUGAGGUGGAUGGUGCUUUUACAAAUGGCGGCGUUCCUAGAAGGGUAUCAUUUGGAUCGAGACGCGGGAGAGGGAGGGAAAGAGGCGGGUGGAGGCGCUUUGUUCGCAAUAUGUUUGGAUGUUUCAGGCAACAACCAAUGAGGUCGUCUGCGGCAUAUACUUCAAGUUCCAGCCCUGAUUCUGGUCCUUCAAGGAGUAGUAGUAGUAGACCACUCCCGCAGAUGAACGCAGAGCCAAGGCAACGGCGGACAUGGUCUAUGGAGGUUAACAGCGGGACAAGCAGCUGGUGAUUUGGGGAUUGGAAGGUUGAGAGGCAGCCUUAUUUAUUGCUGUAAAUAGCAAAAGUUGAAUGGAGGAGGCAGUUCCAUUAAAAAAAAAAACAAAAAGCAGAAGAAUUUUUGCGUUUUGGGAUAUUGGGAUAGAAAAGUGGGUAAUAAAUGCAGCCAGCAGUGUUGCUGAAGGUGGAAAAGAGAAGGAAAAAAGAGUAUGAUGAAGGGGUCGUUGUUUGUAGGAGCAAGGUGGGUGGGUGAUGGGUUAAUAUAUAUAGUCUGUGUUAGAAGAAAAGAAGAAACAACCAGUUUCAGAGAUGGAGGUAGAGUGAGUGAGUGAGUGAGUACCUGCAGCAACUUCGUAUCAUAUUUAUCAUAAUAUCUAUCAUCAACUAUUUUACUA